AUGAUGGAUUCAUUAAACGUGGCAAUACAGAAGAAGUCAGACAACACGAAGAAAAAUGUGAAAUAUGGUUGUUCAGAUAAAAAAAAUUUAAAGGCUUCGCUGCAGACUUGUAAUAAUAAAUCUAAAAAAGAGCUGAAUAAAGUUGCUUUUUUGUCCGGAUUGUCCAGAUUCGGUGUGAAAAAAAACGAUACGUUAGGUCCAGGCAUAUACAACAUUAGUUUCCCGAAGUGUCAAGCUAAGAAAAACGGAAAAUUCCCUGGUCGAUCAUAUGAUUUGAAUAUAAAUUUGAAUUUACCACCUAAUAUGUACGCAGAUGGUUUGAAACAUCAUACGAUUGAGACGCGAGUCAAAAAGAAGAUUACUGCCAGAGGACCUUUUGAUACGUUUACAGGACCCAGGGAUUCAAGCACUUUGGUAGGACAUAAUACCGAAAAAAAAUGUUUUCUAGUAUCUGACAAUUGGCCACUCCCACUCAAGAGCAACGACGUAUCCAAAAAUCGUUACCAUCGAACUUACACAAAUAUAUUCAAACAAAACUCACCGAGAAGAAAAAUAGAACGCAAAGUACCAGAAUUUUCUUGUGUAAAAAUGUUCAAUUGGAUAUCAAAAAAAACAAAUAAGUAUCCAUUUAACAGUUCAGAACGGAUUGGAGGCAGUUUGAAAAGGACUGAGAAAUCGCUUUACCCAGGACCGGAACACUAUAAUAUAAAUGUUUUUAAACGCAGUGCAGAAAAUGGACACACAAACGUAUUUAAAAGUACUACGGCCCAAAGGUUACAGAUAAUACGCCAAGGUUAUGGUAUAUUUGAUUAA